AUGGAUCGUAGUUGGAUGAGAGUUAAUCGAUUAAGUGAUGAGUACGAACAUGGGGUGAUGGAAUUUCUAGAGUUUGCUGAAAGUAAUGCUAAAAAAGAUCUUCCUCCUCCUAAAAGUAAUGCUGAAGAUAGUCACCCUACGCUUUUUUUCUGUCCAUGUGUUCGUUGUGCAAAUAAAGAACCAAAGCUUAGUAAGAAAAAAAUCAUUGAUCAUCUAAUUUGUGAAGGGAUUUGUCAAAACUAUACACAAUGGAUAUGGCACAGUGAAGUGGUAGAAAAUUCAAAUGUGUCCCAAAGAGAUAAUGCAAUUAACGGGUGGACUGACAAAAGUUUUACCAAAUUGCUUGAAUUAUUGACACAAAUGCUUCCAAAAGGUAACGUACUGCCAAGUCGUUAUUACGAGGCGAAGAAAAUACUGUGUCCGAUGGGUUUGGAGUAUGAAAAGAUACAUGUAUGUCCUAAUGAUUGCAUAUUAUACAGAAAAGAGUUCAAGAGAUUAUUCGCUAAUGCAAACGAUGCAAAGAAUCUUAGAUGGCAUGCAGAAGAAAGAAAAUGUGAUGGACAAAUCCGCCAUGUAGUUGAUUCUUUGCAAUGGAAGAAAAUAGAUUCUUUGUUUCUUGGCAAAGAGUCCAGAAACCUUAGACUUGGACUUUCUACUGAUGGAAUGAAUCCAUUUGGUACUCUAAAUACUAACCAUACUUCUUGGCCUGUUCUUCUGAUGAUUUACAACUUAUCUCCUAGGUUGUGCAUGAAGCGUAAAUAUGUGAUGUUAUCCAUGAUGAUUUCGGGCCCAAAACAACCAGGAAGUGACAUAGAUGUUUAUCUAAGUCCACUGAUCGAUGAUUUAAAAGUGUUGUGGGAGGAAGGGGUGGAUGUUUUCGAUGCGCAUUCUGGUGAACAGUUCAAUAUGCGUGCCAUGUUGUUUUGCACCAUCAAUGAUUUUCCGGCAUAUGGCAAUUUGUCUGGGUAUAAAGUUAAAGGGCAUAAAGCGUGUCCUAUAUGUGAAAAAGACACAUGUUACCAUCAGCUUGAAAAAGGAAAGAAGACUGUUUAUCUCGGGCAUCGAAAAUUUCUAAAUCGUUAUCAUCCAUAUCGUAGAUUGCGGAAAGCUUUCAAUGGGGAACAAGAGUAUGGUGUUGCUCCAAAGCCCUUAACUGAAGAGGAAGUUUAUCAACGACAACAAGGCAUUACUGUUGUUUUUGGAAAGUACCAAAAGCGGCCUAUUGUGAAAAAUAUAUGGAAAAAGAGGUCUGUUUUCUUCGAUCUUCCAUAUUGGUCUAGUCUUGAGGUAAGACAUUGUAUUGAUGUGAUGCACGUGGAGAAAAAUGUAUGUGAUAGUGUAAUCGGGACACUUCUCAACAUUCAAGGCAAGACAAAGGAUGGUAUUAAUGCUCGUCUAGAUUUGGGCUUGAUGGGUAUACGAGAAGAGCUAACUCCACAAUAUAUAGGUAACAAGAGGUAUUUUCCUCCUGCCUGCUACACUUUGUCAAAAAAAGAGAAAUUAAGUUUUUGUGAGUGUUUAGAAAAUAUCAAAGUGCCGCAUGUGGCUAUUCGUGGGAUAUUACCUAACAAUGUUAGGAAGACUAUAACUAGGUUGCGCCUGUUUUUCAAUGCAAUUUGUUGCAAAGCCAUUGAUCCAUUAAAGUUAGAAGAUUUGGAAAAUGAGGCUGCAGUUAUCUUGUGCCAAUUAGAGAUGUUUUUUCCUCCUUCAUUUUUUGACAUUAUGGUUCACUUGAUUGUUCAUUUAGUAAGGGAGAUUAGAUUAUAUGGUCCAAUAUUUUUACGGUGGAUGUAUCCAAUAGAGCAAUACAUGAAGAUCCGAAAAGGGUAUACCAAGAACCCACACCGUCCGGAAGCAUCGAUUAUUGAGAGGUACAUUACAGAAGAAGAAAUUGAGUUUUGUUCUAACUAUUUGUCGGAAGUGAAUGCUGUAGGGGUUCCCAAGUCUCCUCAUGAUGGAAGAUGUGAGGGUGUGGAUGAAGUUCAACCUUACUUAUCUGUUCACAAAAGCAUCAUAAAGAAAAAGUACCCCAAGAUGAGUGAAAGAGGGUUGUUAAAAGAGCAUAAUAAGAGUUUCUCUGAGUGGUUUAAAGAAAAAAUUGCUGGUGAUGAUAGUGCUUCAAAAACAAUUAAGUGGUUGUCCUAUGAGCCUAAAUGCAACAUAAUAACUUGGAGUGGAUAUGAUAUUAAUAAAACUUCCUUUUAUACAAAGGAAAAGGAUGACCGUAAUACCACGCAAAAUAGCGGGGUUAUGAUUGUGGCCGAGUCCAUGCACUUCUCUAGUGCUAAAGAUAAAAACUCGGUUAUGGCAUCUACACCCUACUUUAGGGUGAUUGAAGAGAUUUGGGAAGAUGAUUAUGUUGGGUUUAAAGUUCCUGUAUUUAAAUGCAAAUGGGUUGAUAUCAAUAGUGGUGUAAGAAUCGAAGAAUUUGGAGUUACAUUGGUUGAUCUUAGCAAGUUAGCUUAUACGGACGAACCUUUCAUCAUGGCAUCUCAAGCAAAACAAGUUUUUUAUGUCACAGAUCCUUGUAAUAAAAGGUGGUCAGUUGUUCUACAAGGAAAGGUGCAUGGUAGUGAUGAAAAUCAAGAUGCGAAUCUUGAUAUUUCCGAAACUCCUCCUUUCUCAACAAAUGUGCCUACCUUCAUUGAAGAAGAUGUAGAGGAUGAUGUGCAUGUUAUUCACAUAGAUCAUGAAGAAGGGAUAUGGGAGAACUAG